AUGUCUCAAAUUAACAGUAACUCUUAUCAAAUACGAAAGGAGAGAAAACAAGUUGCUGAAAAACGAAGACGUCAAAGAAUGAAUGAAACUUUACUGAAAAUUAAAGAUUUAGUUUUUAAUGAAGAAACAUCUCAUCUCAUGGAAGCUGAUAAUCAAAAAAUAGAAAAAACAGAAAUUUUAGAAAAAACCAUAACCACCAUCCAUGAAAUAAAAAGAAAACGUGAAAUAGCCAUGGAUAUUGUUUAUCAAGAAGGUUAUUCAAGAUGUUUAUUAGAAAUUAACUCAUUUUUAUCAUGUUUUAAUUUACCUGAAUCUAGUCGACAGAAUGUAUUAAAAUAUCUAACAAGACGACCACAUAAAAAUAUCAACCUACAAUCACCAACAGAAAGUAUACAGUGUUAUAAUAGAUUAGUUAAUGUCGAUAUACAGAUUCAGAAUGGUAGCAUUAACAAUCUCGUCUGGCGACCUUGGAUCUGA